AUGAGCCGCCGCCCGCUGUGCCAGGGCGGCCCCAACGGCACCGAGCCCGGCGCCAUGCGGCUGCGGGGCAACGGCACCGGGCGGGCGGCGGAGGGCUGCGGCGCCGUGUCGGUGGCGUUCCCGUUGACCAUGAUGAUCACGGGCGUCGUGGGCAACGCCCUGGCCAUGCUCCUGGUGUCCCGCAGCUACCGGGCCAAGGAGAACCGGCGGAAGCGGUCCUUCCUGCUGUGCAUCGGCUCCCUGGCGCUCACCGACCUGGCGGGGCAGCUGCUGACCAGCCCCAUCGUCAUCUCCGUCUACCUGUCCGACCGCACCUGGGCCGCCGUCGACCCCUCGGGCCGCCUCUGCGCCUUCUUCGGCUUCAGCAUGACCGUCUUCGGCCUCUGCCCGCUCUUCAUCGCCAGCGCCAUGGCCGUGGAGAGGACGCUGGCCAUCCGCACGCCCCACUGGUACGCCAGCCACAUGAAGACGAGGAUGACCAAGACGGCGCUGCUUGGCAUCUGGCUGGCCGUGAUCUCCUUCGCCCUCCUGCCCAUCGCUGGCCUGGGCCGCUACACACUGCAGUGGCCCGGCACCUGGUGCUUCAUCAGCACGGGCGACGGCGAGCUCACCGGGAGCUUCUUCGCCUCCACCUUCGCUGGCCUGGGGCUCUUCUCCCUGGUGGUGACGGUGGCGUGCAACCUGGCCACCAUCGAGGCCCUGGUGUCUCGCUGUCGGACCAAAGCGACCGCGCCGCGCUCCAGCAAGCAGUGGGGGCGGAUCACCACGGAAACGCUGAUCCAGCUGCUGGGGAUCAUGUGCGUCCUCUCGGCGUGCUGGUCACCGCUGCUGAUAACGAUGCUGAAGAUGAUCUUCAGCCACACGUCAUUUGAAUACUGUAAGGGAUUCUCUGCAGAAGCCCAAAGCUCAGAACUGUACAAAGAGUGCAAUUUCUUCUUGACAGCUGUGCGCUUGGCCUCACUAAACCAGAUACUGGAUCCGUGGGUUUAUCUGCUACUAAGAAAGAUCCUCCUGCAGAAGUUUUGUCAAGCAGCCAACGCUGUCUCCAAGUGCUCUAACAACGAGUGGAAAGAGAGAUCAAUCACGUUGUCAGAUGAAAUCCGACGGACAGCGGCGUGAAGGAACGUUGAUCCACUUGCACGGAAACUGCUUUCGCCAACAAGUGGUUUUAAAUCUUACUGUGAAUCAGGGUGUUUGUAACGCGCUUGCAUCUGCAUAAAUAGCUGAAAACGGCAUUACUGAGUGGCCUUAUAGUGCCAAAUUAUUAUUUAUCCAAUGUGCCAAAAAUUCUCAAAUAUAGACAAAGCAAUUGGGUUUGUUGCUAAAUUCUGUUGUUAUUGCAGUUCCUAACUGAGCUGCAGAACAUGACUUUUUGUGUGUCUAAAAUAGAGUCUGGAGGGAUUUUUUCUUACAUUAAGGUAGAAAAAAAAUGAUUUUCCUAUCAGGGGACAUUUGGAACAGAUUCAACAAUUUAAUUACUGAAGAGACCCACUCCUAUAUAUAAUCUUAAUACUAAGAUUAUCAGUUUCACAGGGUCUUUCUUCCUCCUUUUUUCUGGAGGGACAAGGAGAGAAAGGGGCAAAAAGUAGAAGAAUUAAAGGAAGAUAAAACUCAGAUUUUAUUUAGAUUUCUAUGGCUUAAAACUGAAAAGGUUGUAUUGUACCAGUGAUGGUAGAUCAUCAAUCUCUUUUGAGAACUGAAUGUAGGCUGUGUCUCAUGACACAUAUUGUCCUGACAAGUACUCAUUCUGCGUGGAUGCUAAAGUUAGCUUAUCUGCUGAGUAGGAUGUAGCAUCGGGACACACAGCGUAAAGUGAGAGAUCUGUGGUUUGUGUUUUUUUUUAAUAGCAACCUGUGAAACACCCAGGCAUAACAAGAAUUGCCGUUAGCAAAGCACACUAUAAAACUACUUUGCGCAGAUGGAGAAAGUGAUAAACAGACUGUAAGUGACAGUAAGUGUUCUUCUUCCUGUAGAUAAAUGGCAAAGGUUUACAAAGCCAGAAAUACCGCUUUCACAUGGGUGGUUUUAUUUGGAAACGCACAUGUCUGGGAAGCAAAUGAACAUCAAAUGAUUCUUAAGUAAUGAGGAUACCACUCAAAACUUCUUAAUUAUUAAAAUGCUCUACACAGUAGCCAAAGUAUUACCUGAGAACAACUGAUCUCUUUCUUCUUUCCUCCAAAAAGACAAAUUUGAGAGAUACGGCAGCUUUGGGAAUUUUUCCAAUAAUGGAGACUGGAAGAGAUGGGUAGAAUUAUGUGCAUCAGUCAAAUCUUUCCUCCAGGUAACUUUCAGGUUUUAUUAGAAAACUGAGUUCUAACCCAUUUGUGUUACAUCUGAACUUUAUUUUCACAAGGACUGCAUUUUUUCCUAUUUUCUUUGUCCUUUUUCUAGAUGAUAGCCUCUAAUGGCUCCUGUUUAAUGGCCUCUUAGGUGAAACUACAUGCAAUACAAUAAAAUACAAUAUAUCGUGUAGUGGUACACCGUAUACUUUGUGCCAAUAAUAACCAAUUCAGGGGCCUUAAAGGCAAAUAUAACCGUGCAUCUGCUAGGAAAUUCUCGUGGAAAAUUGAAUUUUAAUUGAUUUUUGCUUCCCUUCCUUGUUUGUAAAAGUAACUACUCAAAAGAGAAACCAACUACUCACUUUCCUUGUUCCGCUGCUGCGUAGUCUAGUUGUGUAUCUUCGUAUUGGUCAGAAAUAAUUAAUCUGACAGCAAAAGCCACUUUUGCAUAAACGUAAUGUGGAGGCAGGGGGGUGCGUUUGAGUGCCACCUAAAAGCUGAAGUCUUACUUUCACUCAAGGGCCAGCCUACCACCACGGCGAGGCACUUUGACAUUUGGCAGGGUGCCGCCUGUGUUCUGCAGCACUCCCCAGCUGCUCCGGGAGGCAAACCGCCUCCUCCAGCCUCACUGCUCCAGGCAGAGGCCGCGGGGAGCUUGGCCAGCCCCAGGCCUGUGUCCUCAUCAGCACCUGGGCAGCAUGGUGAGGUAUGUGUCGGGAAAUAAAAACUGCACUGGUUCUCUUGGGAAAAGCAUCUUGCAGGAUUCAAACUUUUUUUUUUUUUUUUUUUUUUUUAACAUUAUUUUGUGAUAUACAAAGCCUCUUCUGUCCAAAGGAUUCAUAUUGUUCAGUUUGUGUACACUAGCUGUUUAAAACUAAUAAACAAGCCCAGUCCCUCGUAAAGUAUGUCAGGAUGACCUCAAUAAUUAGACCGAACCAUUUCUGAAUAGCAGCACAGCCAGAGCACACGGCUUGCCGAGGGACAGCGAGUGGUCAGGAGGGAAACGCGCCGUGAGAAGAGUGACUCAAUACCUCGUUUAUCAGCUCUUUUACAGCCGCAACAGGAAAAUGCUGUUUUUUCUUUUACAUAAAGAAUCAUAUAUGUGGUAAUGAUCAGAUAGCCAUGGGCUUGUUAUUCUUAAGUAGGUCAGGGAUGGUUUCACCAUUCAUUUUAAUUUUGUUGCUCCAUGCCUUUCCUUUGUGGAGUAGGACACUUCUGAAUUUGGAAAAAGUCAGUUCUUUCCAUCUUUGUGCACAGUGAUAUGAAGGAGAAUCUACUUCAAAUAUCAGAAAAUGGGAAAGAACGUCUGCUUUUAAUUUGUUUACAGAAGAGCAGUCUAAGCACUAUUUGCCAGCCAUGCCUGCCGUAACGUGACAUGGCUGGAGGAACGCACUUUCAAAAAUGAAUCAGAAAGCUUUAGCAUAAAUUAAAGUUUUUAUUUCCCACUUACUUUUUCGAGUGGGAAGGUGUAUUUUUGUUGCCUUUCUUUAAAGAUGCCUCCUAUGUGAUAUAUUUAAAUUCCAGUACAAAAGUAUUUCUAAUACUGGUUUUAAUAUGUUGUAUUCCUGUCAAAAAUUUUAUGGAAGCAGUAGUGAAUGGGAAGCCUACUUUGAAAUCAUUGUUUGCCUUAUAAACUAGCCUGUUUGUGUACCAAAUCAGUGUGUGUUGUGUCUGUCAGAAUAAAAGCCCAGCACAAUGACCGAC